AUGGGAGUCAGAGACGUAACCUCCCGUCCACGAGGAGAUUACGUGACUUGCAGUCCAGAUGAACAGUUGCGGGGGAACAGACAGUUGGAGAGUCGGGGACAGACGAGGGAUCAGAUAACCAGCACAGUUGGGAUUUACAGGCAGAAAGCUCGGUGUCAGAGUCAGAAGGCGAGGUCGAUAGCCGGGGAUCAGACGAGCAGGCAGGGUCAGAGCAGAAACAGGUCUGGAUCUUGCAAUCAGUCCGAGGGCAAGGCGAGCAGGCAGGAACGGGGACAAAACAGUGAUGUGGCGUCCCACAGACCGCCUCGCCACAAGAAAAGCCACCCUCCACCCACUAAACUCUGUGAAGGUUGCAAAGAGAUCCUUGACAAAGUGAAAGAGCUUUAUUCUAAAACUUGGGAGAAGCACGAGUACAAUUACCAAAAAAUCAGAUUACAGCUGAGCACUCAGUGCAAUGGUUUUGACAAGGCCAUCAUUACUCAGGCUAACACUCCGGUGGGAUCCAUGAUUGUGUACGACGGGGAAAAGACGAGGACCCUCAAGGUGACAUCGAAGAUUUUUAGCACCUUCGCAAAGGAGCAUCCUUUUCAAAACAAAACACGGGACACGUGUGCUGUUGUUGGGAACGGAGGGAUCCUGACCAACAGCAGCUGUGGAAAGAUGAUCGAUUCAGCUCAGUUUGUUAUCAGGUGCAACCUACCUCCUUUGGAAAAUGGCUAUGAGGAAGAUGUGGGCAUCAAGACUGACCUUGUGACAGCAAACCCAAGCAUCUUUCUAUUCAAGUAUCAGUCUCUAUUGGUUCGCCAUCGUCCUUUUGUGGACAGUCUGCGUAGCUAUUGCAAUUCCCUGCUGCUUUGUCCCGCCUUCUCCUAUGGCUUUAACACUAAUGUGUGCCAGCGGGCUGCCUACAGUGUUGAAGACUUUGAAAUCCCCAUGCGGCCUGUUUACUUAAAUCCUGACUACCUCCUGAGUCUGGUCCGCUUCUGGCGCUCCCAAGGCCUAAAAGAAAAUCGACACAGCACCGGCCUCAUGAUGGUUAGCCUGGCUCUGGAACUCUGUACCAAUGUGCAUCUGUAUGGGUUCUGGCCCUACGGUAAUCACCCGCAUGGACUCUAUGCCCUGACUAACCACUACUAUGAUGAUGUAGCACCUAAAAAAGGAGUCCACACCAUGUCGAGUGAGUUUGAGCUCUUGUUGCGGCUGCACAAUCAGGGGAUUCUCAGGCUUCACCUGGAAGAUUGUUCAUCAGAUUAAAGUUCCCAAAACUGUAUUUAUCAUCAUCAAUGUUCCAACUGGAGGCCGGAGGGAGUUAUUUUGAUUUAAAUUAUGAUCUUUUUUGAGGACCCUGUGGGGGUUUAUAUUGCAGUGCCUUAUAUUACACAAUCACUGAUGACAGUUAAAUAACUGACCAUGGGAUAAUUUGCUUUUGUCUUUAGACUUGUGUCUGUCUUGUGUAACUCGGAGCAUUGCCUUUCAUACUUUUUAAAGUCUGAACAGUGUAGUUCCCAUUCAGAGAAAUAAUGUACAUAAUCAAGGAGACCAAACUAGAUAACUCUUUUUGAGCCAGUUUUAGAAUCAUGUGGGUGUUUCUAUCUUUCUUUUUUGGAAAAAUGUUAAAGUGAAUAAAUAUUUAGAAAAAAAAAAAAAA